AUGACCACCAUGGCUCCCUCGGUUUCGAGCGGUUUCCUGGCGCCUCCGACUCAACUCUCGCGCUCGGUUUCUACCUACGAGGAGCUGCUCAAAGCCGGGCAAAGUAUACCCCAGAUUAAGGUCUCAAUCCUCCGGCAACUCUGCGAAAAUGACGACGAAGACGAGGUCAUAAAGCUUGCCCCAAAGCGCUCCGUCAGCUCCCUCCCGAUCCCCGAUGUAUAUCCCCUAAAAAGAGAGCUCUCCCAAACGAGCCUCGGCACCCCGGCCGAGAUGCGGGCCAUGGAGCGUCGGCAGAAGGUGUUGCGGGAGGAAGACCUGCCGGAGAGUGUCGGACCCGACAGCCCGCUGAGGCAUCAUCCUAAGUAUCUGCGCCAAAGCAAGAACGCCGGCGACUUCGAGGUGAUAGCGGCGAUGUGUUUCGCUAGCGGCUACAUGCCGGACGAGAUCAAGGAACGAUAUGCUCAAAGACGCUCCGUCUCCUCCAGCCCCGAGGUCCCCAAAGCGGACACCGAGUGCCCGAUGGAGGACUUCAUCAACGGCGUCAUCUCCCGCGAGCUGAUCUCAUGCGAG